GGUCCGGCAUCCUCCUGCUUCAGCUUCCAUCCCUCUCAUCUUCCCCCGCUUCGUUCACGCUCCUCUCUCCCUCUCCUCUCUCAUUCACACUCACUCCCUUGUCUUGUUGUCCUCUUGUAACCCGCCUUCCUCGUUCCCUGCUCUCUUCUCCCUUAUUUGUCGCGUUUGGCGAGCUCCAUCUUCAUUCCCGCCUGGUUUCUCCUCUCCUGAUUACUCGCACGCUCGGUCGAGCAAGUGCUUCAGCUGGUUAACAUCUAGAACAUCUCUUCUCUCGGAUUCCUUCCAUUUGUCUUCUCAAGUCAUACCCUUCAGAUCCCCAACUCUCCCAGUCUCAAAGUAGAGUCCCUGUCGUCCCCAACACCUCAUUGCAUCGUUGGCUGGAUCCAGAGGUUCGUCUACCACGGUUAGACGAAACAACAGAUCAUCUAGCUCAAAGCGUCUGCUUCGUCAUUUUACAUGACGUCACUUCGAUCAGCCAUGCAGGCUGGAUCUUUACGUUUCUCAACAGACCUCACCAUGGGUGGGCACGGGGUUGGGCUUGAUCAUGGCUUCGGACAUGGAGGGGACGGAAAGGAUGGAGGCGAUGAUGGAUUGCACGAUUCUGUUGUUAGUCAGGUUCCCGAACCCACCCAGCUGGUUGUGGAAGGGAUUUUGAUGAAACUCCUUGCUCAAUCCCCCGACGGAACCCUGAUGUGCUGCGCCAAUGAUACGCAGCUGAAGUUUGUAGACUCAAGAUUUUUGAAACUUUACGAGACCACGACCCCUGGUCCGAUCUUGGCAGCUUGCUUCCACCCUCAAAAGUAUGAACUCUUCUUGAAGAUUGACAACAGAACUUUGAUCUUCGACCUCGCUACCAAGGAG